UGAAGCUGUGUCUUUUCCACCUUCACCUUAUAUAUGGCACCAUCUUCCUGUUGUCUGUUAUUGCAUAUCCCAAUGGAAAGAUUGCCGAGUCAUGCAGCAACAUGAUGCCAUCACAUGCCUGCACGGCCCAAACAUCAAACCCUCCGUAUACCAUCACACCAGAUAAAACAGUUUACAAGGAAGGAGACCAAAUUACAGUGACACUUCGAGCACAAAUGAAUGCAUUUCAAGGAUUCAUUCUAGAGGCUCGGCAAAUUGGUGGAAGUACGGCUGUUGGCACAUUCAAUGUAACAAAUCCAGCAGACUCUCAAACUCUUCAGUGCCUUACAGCGAAUUCAGCCGUUACUCACAUCUCUAAUUCACCAAAGGCACAAAUUCAAGUUAUCUGGUUUGCUCCGGUUUCUCCCAAUUUAGGAAAUCUGGAAUUCAGGGCAUCAGUCGUUGAAAACUUAACAGUCUUUUGGGUUGAUGUUAAAAGUUUGACUGUGAAAAGUGUUCUAUCUCGAGCUUUGGCAACACAGCCAAAUACUGUCACAUAUCUACCAAUUCUAAUGGUGUCUUGCUUUCACGUCAUCUGUUCUUGGUGGAGUUAAACCUGAGAAUCAAGUAAAUUCAAGCUGCUCAAUGUUAAGACUAUAACAUCUCAUGAAACUUCAAGUAGGUUUAAUUAUGUAGUAAGAAAAGUGAACAAUGGCAAAUAAAAUAAUAUCAUUAUACUACAGUAACAAAUGACAUUUUACUUGAAUAACUUUAACAAUAAAACAAGUAGAAUCUGUAGCAAGAUAAUUAUUAAAUGAUGAUUGUCCCUGUGUAGAAGUGUUUCCCUUCCUGUCUACAAAUGUCCAGUUGCACAUUACUAAAAGAAACCAAAGAACUAUCUCAUUGUAUUAUGUGCAGUGCUUUUCCAAAACAAAAUGAAAAUCUUUUUUUAUUUCAAAUUUUAUGAAUUAGUUUUCAGCAGCAUUGGUCACAAGGCAGAGAAGAGCAGUUCAUCACUGGGGCCAUUUUAAAGUCAACAGUCAGUGUUAGAUGCACAACAUUUUGGUGUCAGCUGAAACUGAAGCACCCAGAGAAAAAACACAUGGACACAACGAAAAUGUACAAACUUCUAAUAAUGUUAUAAGGAAAAUCUAUAUUGUAUCUUUCCCAUUUAUUUCUAGAUAUAUGCAGUGGCUCUUGUAUCUAAGGCCAUUUUAUCACAGGUAGUUUAAAAGGGCAAGCACCCAUAAAUUCAAGUUCAGGUUCAAGUUUAAGUUUUAUUUUGUCAUUCCAGCCAUAUCUAAAAUACAGUGUGAUGAAACUGCAUUACUCAAGGCCAUAAAAUGUGUAAAAAGGGAGAGGAAAAAAACACAAAAAAGUAAACCAAGACAAUGCCAAAUUCACAAAGUCCAACCAA